AUGACAUUUAUAACACAUUCUUCUAAUCCAACGCCGCCCCUCGUGCCUGGGCAUCGCCAAGCUUACCCUGAUCCAACUCGCAGCGCCUUCGACGUCAGUUGGGCUCGGAAAGAGGCCUACCAAGAGGAGUCGGCUGUGCGGAGCAGGGCAUAUCCCUCACCUCCUAUGUCCGGUUCUCCACCCUUGCCUCUGAGACCAGCUCAAGAGGCUGGUAGUCGAGGUAGUGAAGUUCCGGGCUAUUACACUGCCUCCAGAGUUCUGGAUGGCCUUCGUGGAGGUCCCACCCAACCGUCUCCUGCAAAUCUUCGCGAGCAAGCCUCAUCACUGGCGAGGCCGUAUGCACAAGAACCAGCAAUGAGGUCUCCAUAUGCAUACCCCAGGCCUGAAGAAUCGGGGAGGAUUAUCCCCUAUGUUUCUCAGCACCACCAUGGAAUGCCUCAAGCGAUAUCUCAAACGGCGUAUCCAACUUCGACGCCCUCGAAUUCGGAAGGCUACCCCGUGCCUGAUCGACCGCAAACUGACCCUCAGCCGUAUACAUCACCGAAAUCUCAGAGGAAAGCGAAAGGCCAUGUUGCUUCUGCUUGCGUACCUUGCAAAAAAGCUCAUCUUCGAUGCGAUGGUGGUGCCGGCUGCUGGACCGCUUUUGUCGCCGCAUAUGCGAGCCAACUGAAGCUUUCAAUGGCCUCUGGUGGAAGAGGCGUGUUCAUUAGAUCUACAAGCUCUUCCGGCUUUUACCGUUGGCUGGGAGGAAAGGCUCUGGAUGAAGGAAAUAACAUGAAACGAAACUUCUGA